AUGGACAAGACGUUCGACGUCGAACAAAUCGAGCAGUAUGAGCUCACCCCAGCCGAAGUCAUUGCUGGUUCUCAGCAACACCAGACUCGGACACCAGUUGAAAAGCGUCUGCUUCGGAAGGCAGAUUUUGUCAUCAUACCGCUGUUUUCGAUGGUGCACCUGGUGUCAUAUCUUGACCGCAAUAGCAUCGGCAAUGCCAGGAUCAUGGGAUUGCAGAAAGAUCUCCAUAUGACUGCGGGCCAGUUCUACAACUGCCUGACCAUGUUCUUCAUUGGUUAUGGUAUCUCGAUGUUCCCGGCAAACUUGACGGCGAAGAAGUUCAAGCCCAACCGGUCGCUCGGGGUGGCAUGCAUGUUCUUCGGCAUCUGCCUCUGUGGGAUGGCGGAAGCCAAGAACUAUUCCACCAUCCUUGCCUUGCGGAUCUUGCUGGGUUGCGGACAGGGCUUCGUCCAGCUGGCCAUGAUCUAUUGUAGCAUAUGGUACCGACGAGACGAGAUGGCAACCCGGACUGGAAUCUUUUAUGCCUGUGCAACUUUAUCCGGUGCAUUCGGCGGCCUAAUCGCAUACGGUGUCCAAGCAGACAUGGCUUCGCCCACCGGACGCUCAACAUGGUCGUGGCUGUUCCUCAUCGAAGGCGUUCUGGCCGUCGGUAUUGGUCUCGCCGUGGUGAUCGUUUUGCCACGGUUUCCAGACGACCUGCACAGGCGCGCGAAAGGCCAUUGGCUGUUCAAUCAGGAGGAGAUUGAUUUGGCUCACAACCGAUAUGCCGCGUACAACAUUGAACGAGAGAAGUUUCGACCAAGACAACUCCUGGCUGUGGUGAAAGACAUCAAGACGUAUUUCUUCGGCUUCGUGCAAGGUGCAGCCGUACUGGGCGUGUCAGUCGUCGGCAGUUUCCUGCCCACGUUCAUCCAUGACUUUGGCUUCAAUCCAGGCGAGUUGCCCCUCUCUUUCAUCAGCCACACACUAUUCUCAGUCAUCCCAUACACAUGCGCCUUCGUCACGGUGAUUGUGACGGGCUACGCCUCAGACCGGCUGAAUGUCAAAGGACCCAUCAUCUUCACCUGUUGUUGUGUGGGAAUGCUCGGUUACAUCCUCCUGAUGACCGUGUCGUCGACCGUGGCAAGAGUGGUGGCCACUUGUCUGGUUACCUCUGCUUGUUAUCCGAUCGGGAAUCUGCUUCCCGUAUGGCUCUCCAUCAACACUCCAGGCUUCACCAAGCGCGGUGGCACCUGGGCCUUUUCCGAGGUGUUUGGCGUCGCUUUCUCCAUCAUGGGAACCCGCAUCUACACCAAUCCUCCUAGGUACCUUGGCGGCCAUGGCACCGUGUUGGGCAUCUUCACGCUCGGUGCUGUCAAUGUCGCCGCGGCUUACUUCUGGAUGCGCUAUCAGAACAACAAGAAGGAGCGGAUCUUGAAUGAUUAUGCCCAUCGUGGCCAGAUUCAUCCGCACAUUGCUGAGAUGAGAACCCUGGAGCAACUCGAAGAUGACCAUAUCUCUUUCCGGUAUGUUCUUUGA